AUGUUGACAUAUAUGUCGGAGAUCGUGAUACUGUUGAAAGGUGAAGUAGUCGAUGGCACUCGUCUGCUAGAAGCAUGGUGGAAAGCACUGCUACUCGUCGCCAGAGCCUUUGUAUACUGCUGCCGGUUGAUCAACCAAAUAUUAUAUGAGACAAAAGUGACUGAGGCGGUCAUGAUGGCGCCUAGUCUGUUUCAGAAGACUAAAUCACCACGCUCCUCACCUGGAAAUCUGCCUAGAAAAUUACAGAAUGGCACAGAAUCAGGGAGCCAGUCGGUGACGACGGCGGACUCGAGCCCAGGAAACUCAAUCUCAGACGCCGAAAACUUCGAGUGCUUCGGCGAGGCGGAUGGAGAUGCUCCUGUUCCUAACACAUUGGAAAACGGAUCCCGAAGUCCCGGUAAUAACUUAAAUCGUCACUCCUGGACGCGGACCAGCCUUCGUCGGACACCACCCAGCCAUCAAGAAAACCUGCCGCAUCGGCGAUGGGGCUCCAUGCGACACUCAGGGAAGCGUCAAAUCGGCUCCAAUGUCUUAGCCAGCCAAUUGUACCGGUCGUCAUCCUUCAAUUCAUCCGGGUGUGGAUCGGGUGGGGAACCGGCAGACGACAUGUACUCUGAUGUCUCACUUGAAGAGGACGUGCAAGGUCUCAACUACAAGGUCAGUCUUUACGUCCAAUUAGCAUUAGUAGCCCUUGUAUUU